GUUUGAUAUUGUUAUUAUACUUUAUUUUUUUGUUAUUUAAUUUGUGAGUAAUAAGUUUUCAAGAAAAAAAAAGUUGAUUUUCCAUUGAAGGAAAGGUGUGCUGGGAGAAAAGAAGCUAGAGCAUAAGUCAGCACAAAAAAAAAAACUAAAAACAAACUAUUAUCAAUAUCACCAACAUCAAUACCAAUUGGAAACAGCAUCAGCUCGAUGAAGAACCUCCGUGGGGCCGGCUCGCCUCCCCAAAUCUCGACGGAAAUAAAUCUGGGCCGCUCGUUUGACGGCGGCGGUGUGGUUGGGUGGUGCAAGGGCCCCACCGGCAGUAAUAGCGGCGGAGCUAACGAGGCGGUGGCGGUGGACCCCACACUCCACGACCAAUACCGCCUCUUAUUAUCGUCGCCACCAUUAUCGACCUUUGGAGCUCAUCAAAAUCAUCCUGCAAAUAACUUCCGUCCUCUUGCCAUUUUCGAUCCUCACUCGACCGACUCUUACAAAUCCUCAGGUGACAUGGUACCUUACUUCACAAACGCUCAAUGGAAAGAGCUCGAACGACAAGCUAUGAUCUACAAAUACAUGAUUUCCUCUGUGCCUGUGCCUCCUCAUCUCCUUUACCCAUCUAUGUAUGCGAAAAACGGAGCUUCCCUUGAGCUUAGUCGGUGCAAAAGAACAGACGGCAAAAAAUGGCGGUGCUCAAGGGACGUGGCACCCCACCAGAAGUACUGUGAGCGUCACCUACACAGAGGACGCCCCCGUUCAAGAAAGCCUGUGGAAAUCGACGGUACUAACGCCGUCAAUAACGGAGAGGGCUUCAAGAAGCCGAGAAUCGAGACAAACCCGCGAGCCCUUUUGCCGUUUGAUGAUAAACUCGACCCGAUUGGUAUCUCAACUCUUCCUUAUGAUAGGAGAACUAAUGGGGAUCUCGGGUUGAUGAUCAUGGAAAACGAUGUGUUUUCGAACAAGGGUUCGUCGGUUUAUAUCCCCGAAGCCCUUUACAAUCAAGAUUACUCUCACCCAUUGCAACAAGAAGAAGUAAAUCGAGUGGAUCAUCAGAUUUUGCCGUAUUCGGAUUUUCCUCUCGAAAACUUAGCCGGUUCUUGGCCGAUUGAUAAUCUCAACAUCAACACAAACAAUUUGAACAGGUAUUCAUCCCUACCAGCUGACCAUGAAGAUCUUUCGCCUUGGCUCGAUUUGUCAAUGGGAACGUCUGUUGGUGGGCCCACCUUAGAUCAAGAAAUUGGAAAUGGUGGGAUGAGAAAUGGUGUUGAAUGGUCUGGCCCAGUUUGUUAUUCCCAGCCGUUUGGGCCUGGCGGCCCGCUUGCGGAGGCCUUGGGACAGAACCCGACUUCGCCUCACGAUUCUGUUAAUGGGCCCGGGACAGCUGUGUCUUCUCCUUCUGGGGUUAUUCAGAGGACUUUGUUUCCACAUUCUGAUGGUAGCGUUUGCAAUAGCCCGUCCGAACUUGGGUUGCUGAGGAUAAAGUAGAAUGAAUUUUUGAAAGAAAAAAAGAAAAAGGAAAAAAAGA